AUGUCGGAUAAGAAAGAAAAAGCUGAACUUUCGAAACAGAAGGGCAAUGAAGCGUUUAAGAAAGGCGACUACGCCAACGCUGUUGGGUUCUAUACCGCAGCGAUGAUGGAGAACCCGAGCGACGUGACCUACCCCCUCAAUCGAGCCGCUGCGUAUUUGAAACUAGGCAAACACCUAGACGCAGAAAGAGAUUGUACGACUGCGUUGAAGAUCGAUCCGAAGAGUGCAAAGGCGUUGUUUAGGAGGGCGCAGGCGAGGGUUGAGUUGGAUAGAUUGGGGGACGCGGCGGCUGAUCUACGAGAAGCGCGUCAACUCGCUCCUAGCGACCAAUCGAUACUAAAGUUGCAGGCCCAAGUUGCGGAUUCGUUAGAGCUGAAGAAACAAGAGAAAUUGAACCAUCUCGCGCAAGUCAAGUCUGGGAAGUACAUCGAACCGGAUGGCCAACCGCCCAAACGGCGGAGGGUGCCGAUCAAGAUCGUCGAAGCGCCUGAGGAUGGAGAGGGUUCGACGGUGAAGGGGAAGGAGGUUAAGGUUAGGGGAGGUGAAGAAGAUGGGGAAGGGGGGAGCGGAUUGAAAGCUGUUUCGACUAGGUCGUUGAAUGGGGGGUCGACUGCCAAACCGGAGUCAGAUCAAGCCAAAGAGAAGGAGAAGGACAAGCCCAAGUCGUUCAAGGAGGCGAAGGAGGCUAGGGAUACGGCCAGACCUAGUCGUGUUGGAGGUGGGAUCUUUACUCGUACGGGAGCGAGUAAGGUGUUUCCUACGCGGGAGGCGACGCCUCCGGCCAAGUCGCCAACACCGUCUUCGAGCGGUGUGGACUCGUCGGUGACGAAGGAGGAAAAACCGCCAUCGCCCGCUCCUCCUUCCACCGCGCAAGACACUAGCCAAAACGAAUCCGAACCUCCAACGACCCCAUCCGAAUCCGCUGCGAAACCGAUACCAAAACUAACCAAACCCCCCUCCACCCUCCUCGACCUCCUCAAACUCUGGUCCUCACACUCCACGCCCGAAGCGCGCUGGUCCAUCCUCCGCACCCUCCCUCCACAUACGCUCCCCUCCCUCCUCCAAACCUCCCUCGAACCGCCCUUCCUCGCGUCCCUCUUGAGCACGUUCAACGAUAUCCUCGCGACGGGCGAUUUGGAGACGCAGAUUGCUGUCAAGGAGUAUAUGGAGGUGUUGCCGUUGUGUAAGAGGUUUGAGAUGGUGGUUAUGUUUUUGAGUCGGGGGGAGAAAGAGGUUGGUAGGGAGGUGUGGAGGCGGUUGGGUGUUGAGGUUAGGAGGGAGCCUGAGGCUGGUGGGGGUGGGGCUGCUGGGUGGGAGGGGUUGUUGAAGUAG